AGUUGGUUGUGGGGCCGGCCCCUUUGGGUGUGUCUGGAAACCCGCGCCUCUUCUUCCCAUCCCUCCUCCCCCAUCCAACUGCGCGUCCUUACCCGCCUUGGCUGGCGCUGCGAUUCUGUGGAGUGGAAUGUUUUAUUCGGUUCAACGCUGAGGCAGGCGUGGGGCCGACUAGGUCUGUGGAGGUGGUCAAGCUCUGUGUACAGAAGUUGAAAUACGUUCCAGGAAGAGACUCAAGAAAUGUUCAGGGCCAACAGCAGGGAGAAUACUAAUUAGCUGAGAUCAGCUGCAGUGCCAAUGCACUCUGGACAGCCUGGAUUCCUUUGGAGGGUUCCUGAUGCACACACAGCAAUGCGUGGCCUUGUUAUGGCUCCCUUGCUCAUUCUCCUGGUUGGUGGGACUGAAGCCUUUCGUAUCUGUGCCUUCAAUGCCCACAGACUGACACUGGCCAAGGUAACCAAGGAGUCAGUGAUGGAUACCUUAGUUCAGAUCCUAGCCCGAUGUGAUAUCAUGGUGCUUCAGGAGGUAGUAGAUUCUUCCCAGAAUACUGUCCCCUUUCUGCUUCAAAAACUUAAAAGUUCCAGGAGUUACAGCUUCCUAAACAGCUCAUUGCUGGGGCGCAGCACAUACAAGGAAAAGUAUGUAUAUAUCUACAGGUCUGACAAGACACAGGUCCUAAGUUUCUACCAGUACAAUGACACAGAUGACAUUUUUGCCCGAGAACCAUUUGUGGCCCAUUUCACUCUCCCUAGCAAAAUUCUUCCAAGUGUGGUGCUAGUUCCUCUCCACACCACUCCCAAGGAUGUAGAGAAGGAGCUGAAUGCCCUAUAUGAUGUGUUUCUUGAUGUCUACCAGCGCUGGCAGAAUGAGAAUGUGAUUCUGCUUGGAGACUUCAAUGCAGACUGUGCAUUGCUGACAAAAAAACGUCUGAACAGCCUGCUACUCCGGACUAAGGCAGGCUUCCACUGGGUGAUUCCUGAUGGGGAGGACACUACAGUGCGGGCUAGUACUAACUGUACCUAUGACCGAAUUGUGGUGCAUGGACAGGGCUGCCAAAUGCUGCUGAAGGCUGCAGCAACCUUUGACUUCCCCAAGAGGUUUCAGCUGACUGAGGAAGAGGCUCUCCGCAUCAGUGACCAUUAUCCUGUGGAAGUGGAACUGAGCCAGGCCACUCAGGGUACCCCACCCCACUACUUGGCCAUUCUACUGCUGUCACUCCUGCCAUCUCAGCUGGACUAGAUAGCCAUUGACUUGACCAGGACACUGGUAGUCUCGAGAAGACCUGAAAGUCACUGACUUUCAGGCAUUUUAUAUAGGGUUUCUGCUACUUGCUAUUCUGAGAAAGCUAGGGCUGGGAGUAUAACUAAGCAACAAGUGCCUUGGGCUUGCAUCCUGUUGGGUAGACAGGACUUCAUGCUCAUACUAGAAAAAAACUUUGGUCUAAGUAAUCUUGCUUCUCCAUGCACUAUCUACAUGGCUCUGCCAGUGAUGUCAGGUUUAAAAUAUUCAAUAAA